AUGGACAACAUGCUUCCAAAUCUCCAGGUCCUGGCGCGGUCUUCCCCUGAAGAUAAGAGGAUCCUGGUAUCGAAGCUGAAAGCCUUGGGUGAGACUGUGGCUGUCACAGGCGAUGGCACGAACGACGCUCCGGCCCUCAAGGCUGCGGAUAUUGGAUUCUCGAUGGGCGUGUCUGGUACCGAGGUUGCUAAGGAAGCUUCUUCAAUCAUCCUCAUGGACGACAAUUUCACAUCGAUCAUCACCGCUCUCAAGUGGGGUCGGGCGGUCAAUGAUGCCGUCCAAAGGUUCUUACAGUUUCAAAUCACCGUCAACAUUACAGCCGUGUUACUAGCAUUUGUGACAGCUGUUUACGAUGCAGAGAUGAAGCCCGUUCUGACGGCGGUGCAGCUACUCUGGGUUAACUUAAUUAUGGACACCUUCGCCGCGUUAGCAUUAGCUACCGACCCUCCAACCGAGAAGAUUUUGGAUCGUCCUCCGCAGGGCAAGAAGAAGGCAUUGAUUACAACCAAUAUGUGGAAGAUGAUCAUUGGGCAGUCUAUUUACCAAUUGAUCGUGACGUUUGUUCUCUACUUUGGCGGAGGCGCCAUUCUCAACUACGACCUGAAUGAUCCCGAUAAGAAACUUGAGUUAGAGACAAUCGUCUUCAAUACCUUCGUAUGGAUGCAAAUCUUUAACGAGUUCAACAAUCGGCGACUCGACAAUAAGUUCAACAUCUUUGAAGGAGUUCACCGGAACCUGUUUUUUAUUGUGAUUAACUGCAUCAUGGUUGGACUACAGCUCGCAAUCAUUUUCAUCGGGUCCAGAGCUUUCCAAAUCUCUCCUGGCGGUCUUGACGGUACACAGUGGGGUAUCUCAAUUGUCGUUUCGGCCCUCUGCCUGCCUUGGGCCAUUCUCGUUCGCCUGUUCCCCGAUACUUGGUUCGCUGCCAUUGCGGAACUCGUCGGCCGCCCAUUCCUGGCCUCUUACUCGUGUCUGAGCACAGGCAUUUCUUCCUUAGUGGGAGCAUUGAGAAGGAAAAGAGCGAAAGAUGCCGAAGCAGGCCCUCCGCCAAUGGUGGUCGUCUCAAAUGACAAUGGCAUCAAGGACCAAUAG